AUGCACGUGUUUUGUUCAUAUUCCUGCGCAGUUAAUAGAAAAAUUGUCCCCAAGGCAACCACUUGUGUCUUUCUUGGAUAUGCUCAGUCCGGGUAUAGAUGCUAUGACGUGAAAUCCAAGAGACUCGAUGUAUCCUUAAUGCUCUCUUUAAUGGAAAUGGAGUCGCCUCAUAUUUUCCUUAACCUAAUUAAUCAGCCCCGGGGGAGAAUGAUGAUGGAGAUGUAUUGCGGCCUUCUCCUGUUCAUAAACUUUUUCCUCAUUCUUCUGCAGUUGAUGUUACGGAUCAGCCUCACUCUUCAGGCCAGCAGCUUUGCUCAGCAUUUUCUGCCGAUUGUCAGCUUGUUCAGCUGA